UAAAUGUGCAACGGGGAGUCAAGCCUUCCUUACCAGUAACCAUAGCAACACUGACCAAACAGCUUUUGUAUUUGGGUGAAGAGCGGAGCAUUUGAGUCGCGCACAGAACACAAAACUAAGGGGAAUGGCUGGAUAUAAAACCUUUUUAGAUGACACGCAGCUUUCUCUGUCAAGGGGUCAGGAAUAAAAUGCCCCUCUUUGUGAGCACACAGUCAGAUUAACUAUUAAAAGUGGAGCAGGAUGAAGAACACAUAAGAGAAGUAUAUCAGCUCAACGUGUUCCUGAGACGUACAUCUUCCACCGACUUCGCUAUGAGACAAAGAAACAGAUCAGGAGGUUUACCUUCAAUCCCAAGGAGGGAAUAGACAAUCCGGCCAUGGUGAAUGCAGAUGAUACAGAGCCUGUGUCAAAGCCCUCACCACGUGUGUGUGUGCUGAGGAGGGAAGAAAGAGAAACCUUUGGCUUCCGUCUUUGUGAGGAAGUAGAGCAGCAGGGUCACAUAAUCAGGCAGCUGGACUCACUGGGAGUUGCAGAGAGGAGCGGGCUCAAAGAUGGGGACCGCCUGCUUGAAGUCAAUGAGAUGUUUGUUGACAAUGUGGAACAUACAGAGGUGGCACGCAGGAUUCAGGUGAGUGGAUCACACUUAUGCUUCCUGGUGUUAGAUAAAAAGGCCUAUGAGCGGGCUGUGUCUGAGGGUCAUGACCUUAAAGAGCUGGCUGAAGCUAGCCGUGGGGAUGGAUGGAAGCCUCCUCGUCUCUGCUACAUCAUGAGAGAUGCACCUGGCCUGGGCCUCAACAUACAGCCGGUGGAAGGUGAGAAAGGUAAAUUUACAGUAAGUCCAGUGAAAGGAGGUGCUGCAGAGAAGGCAGGAGUGAAGAAAGGUGACCGACUGAUCUGGAUAGAUGGUGCCAUGGCCUCUGAACUUCCACACUCUGCCAUCAGCAAAUUGGUUAAGAAGUGCAAAAAUCAUAUGACAGUGCUGGUGAUUGACAGUGACAGUGAGAAGAGUUAUGCCCGUAGGAAAAUGCCCAUUCUCCCAGCCAUGGCUGAAGCAGAGAACAUGCCGUAUCGGCCUCGCAGACUGCAUCUGGCGAUAGGGUCAAAAGGAUAUGGCUUCCUGCUCAGGCAGGAGAAGACUGCAGCAGGACGCACUGUCCACAUGGUGAGAGAGGUGGAUAAGGGCAGCCCUGCUGAACGGGGAAGUAUUAAAGAAGGUGAGAUGCUUCUUGAAGUGAAUGGAGAGUCCACAGAGUCACUGAGUCACAGUCAAGUUGUCAGCAAAAUAAGAGCGAGUGGACAGCAGGUCACCCUCACAACUAUGCCACCUCAAGGUCAGGACUUCUACACUAAGUUGGGCCUCUCUCCCUUGCUGUUCUGUGUGGAUGUUACAUCUGGCAGCCCUGAGGAGCUAAAGGAAACCCCAGUGAUGGUGAAGCCUGCAGUGCCCUCUACUGAGCCUCAGGAGGAUGAGCAGAUCAAUCCUAAUGUUAGACGCUGUAUUCUGGAGAGGGGCUCUGCUGGUUUUGGCUUCAAUUUGGGCUGCGUCCAACAGAAACCUGGCACCUUCAUCAGCCAGGUAGCAGCAGGAGGCCCAGGACAGAGUUCAGGUCUCCUUCAGGGUGAUGUGGUGGUGGAGGUGAAUGGACAGAAUGUGGAGAAAGAGUCUAUGGAGGAUGUGAUCUUACAUGUGAAAAGAGGAGAUGCUCUGUCUUUACUAGUAGUAGAUCAGAAAGGUUAUGACUGGCUGAAGAAAAACGGGAAGCCAAUCACUGUGAACAAACUAGCCCCAAUCUCUGAGGUGGAGGAAAACGUUUCAAGUCCUGCUGAACCACCAACACUGAAGACUGGUGACUUGUCUGAUGACAGUACUAGUGAGGAUGAAAAUUAACGUUCCUGUUCAUGUCAGUGAGAUCAGUGCUUUGAGAAUGAUGUUUAAAUAAAGUUUAACUGGGUAGCUAAUUUCUCUGAGCUAUAUUUACAGUUUGCACUUUCUUUAAGUUUUUCUAUGCAAAAUUGCCUGAACCUUGGGCACAAUAUAUAUGUGAAUACAGUAAAUAAAAAACGUUUCUGCAUGUAAAAAUACAGUAUGCAUAGCAGGAAGACAUUAACCAUGUUAAUUCCCGUGUCUCUGAAAAGUAUUAUCUAAGUACUUCAAAAUGUGUUUGACCUAUGAAACUACCAUUUCAGCAUUAUGUAAUUUUGAUCCUGUAUACAUUUCAUUAAAAUGGGGUCAAGUGUAUUUUUCU